UCUCUUGCUCAAACAGAAUCAGGUUAGGUUAGUUAUAACUUAUAACUAAUAAAGGAUGAAAACCAGAAGCGGACUUCGAUAUCGAACGGAGGAGAUGAAUUGCGAACGGUUAAUACUUAGAACGAAGAAGAGGAUCAGAAGAUUAGAUAUCGUUAGAAAUGGCGAUUGCUUCGAGAAAUUGCCUGACGAUCUCGUCCUUUCUAUUCUCUGCAAACUUAGCGCCUCCGCUAAAUCUCCUUCAGAUUUCUUCAGCGCCUCUUUAACAUGUAAGAGAUUCAGAGAUUUGGCUAUGAAUUCUGUUGUGCUUUCAAGAGCAUCACCGAACAUUGUAGCGGUUAGGGCGAAGAUUUGGUGUGAUUCUGCUCAUCGAUUUUUGAAGAUCUGCGCAGACUCCGGCAAUGUUGAAGCCUGCUAUAUGCUUGGCAUGAUUCGAUUUUAUUGCUUGCAAAAUCGAGGAACUGGAGCUUGUAUGAUGGCGAAAGCGGCGAUGAGUUCUUACGCGCCGGCUCUAUAUUCCCUUGCGGUUAUUCAGUUUAACGGAAGCGGUGGUUCAAAGAACGAUAAGGAUCUACGCGCCGGUGUAGCUCUAUGUGCACGCGCCGCCUUCCUUGGUCACGUUGACGCUCUCCGUGAAUUAGGACACUGUUUUCAAGACGGUUACGGGAUUCGGAAAAAUAUUGUGGAGGGCCGUCGGUUUCUAGUCCAGGCCAACGCGCUUGAGUACGCGGCGGCGGCUUCGGCGAAGACAACGGUGCGGUUUCAGCUGACGCCGCCGUCUAAUAACUCUGGUAGUUUCCCGCUUCUGAGCGAUUUCGGAUGUGACGUGCCGGCUCAAGAGGCACACCCGGCGAACCGGUUUCUGACAGAGUGGUUUGCGAAUCGGGUUGGGAAUGGUGGUGGUGAUGAGGCGUGUUCGGUGCUCCGGUUAUGUUCUCAUGUGGGAUGCGGUCGGCCGGAGACCCGACGGCAUGAGUUCCGGCGGUGCUCCGUGUGUGGACGGGCGAAUUAUUGUUCUCGGGCUUGCCAGGCUAUGGAUUGGAAGAUGCGACACAAGGUGGAGUGUGGACCGGCGGAAUUUUGGGUUGAGGAGGAAGAGGACGAUGGUGGUAACGGUAACGGGGAAUUGGAGGAGGAGGAAGAGGAAGAAGAAGAUGAAGUUGAAGAAUAGGAAACAAUUGACGGAGAGUUAAAAAGUUGACGGCGGCAGGUUUAAAGUGGUAUGAGGUGGGUAAAAAAUGGAUUCACCUUACGGCCAUAUAUUUGUAUAGAGUGGAUCGAAAGGGAAGGGAAAAUACCUUAAAAUUAAAUCAUGUGUAGGUGGUGGUGCUUUUCUCUCAUGGUCAUGGUUAUUAGAUAAUAGAUAGAUAUGUUGAUUCAUCAAUUAUGUAUGUAUGUAUGUAGUUCAACUUAUUUCAAUGAAAUA